ACAGCUGGAAAUGAUCCAUAUUGUUUUGUGGAGUUUUAUGAGCAUCGUCAUGCAGCUGCAGCGCUAGCUGCUAUGAAUGGGCGGAAGAUAAUGGGAAGUCAAAGUGAAUUGGGCAACAACCCCCAGCAGUCAAAAGAAAGAUACAAGCAGUAGUACCGUUGUCAGCACACAGCGUUCACAAGGUAAUUGUAUCUUCUUAAACAUAAAAUGAAAUCUCUUGAAAGGGUAUUCACUAACCACUUGAAGUUUUUUUGUUUGAUACCGGGGGGAGGUGGGAGGGAGGAGGUCAUAUUUCUGUUUGUCUCUCAGGCAAUAUUUUUCCCCCUUCUUCCCAGUGUUGACCAAGUGUGGCUUGUCCACUACUUUGGUGCUAUUUCAAGCUCUCUGACCCCCUUGGUAGCAGCUGAUGCCUUAGAAAUACUUUCACCAACUAAAGGGCAAGAUACCCUGCUUCCUUGAGGUCAUGGUCUGUGCUUCAUACCCAGAUCUUCUGAUUGCUUGAGUUGCUCCUGAAACUGUGUUUCCCAAAUGGCAAUCCAAUAUGUUGCUUAAGGCCUGCCAAAUGGGGGUAACUUUUCUUUCCAAAUAUACUUUGUCAAAGUUGAUGUAUGUGUUCCUUUAAAGUGUUGAUCCAACUAUUUUGUAUUUUUAAAAUGUUUCCUUUUUUGUGAACAUUGUCUUUUAAAAAAAAAAAAAAAAACUUCACAUAUGGGAUCGUUAUUUCUCUCCAAUGCUUUUUUAAUGGUUCUGAUAUAAAGUGAAGGGAUUACUGUUUUCAUUCUGUUGCCUUCAGUCUUAGUUCACUUGCACAUGGAUUCACAUAAACUGAAUGGUGUAAUGUCUGGGCAACCAAAACUGUUGGCUUUUGAGAAAACUGUCAAAUACUUUAACAUCAAACUGUUGCAAUGCAAGAUCAUUUCCAUGUCUUUGUUGGUGAUCUCAGUCCUGAAAUUACAACUGAAGAUAUAAAAGCUGCUUUUGCACCAUUUGGAAGAAUAUCAGAUGCCAGAGUGGUAAAAGACAUGGCAACAGGGAAGUCUAAAGGAUAUGGCUUUGUCUCCUUUUUCAACAAAUGGGAUGCCGAAAAUGCCAUUCAGCAGAUGGGUGGCCAGUGGCUUGGUGGAAGACAAAUCAGAACUAACUGGGCAACCCGAAAGCCUCCAGCUCCAAAGAGUACAUAUGAGUCAAACACCAAACAGCUGUCGUAUGAUGAAGUUGUAAAUCAGUCUAGUCCAAGCAACUGUACUGUAUACUGUGGAGGUGUCACUUCUGGACUGACAGAACAACUAAUGCGUCAGACUUUUUCACCAUUUGGACAAAUAAUGGAAAUUCGAGUCUUUCCAGAUAAAGGAUAUUCAUUUGUUCGGUUCAAUUCGCAUGAAAGUGCAGCACAUGCAAUCGUUUCUGUUAAUGGAACUACCAUUGAAGGCCAUGUUGUGAAAUGCUAUUGGGGCAAAGAAACUCUUGACAUGAUAAAUCCUGUGCAACAGCAGAAUCAGAUUGGAUAUCCACAAGCUUAUGGCCAGUGGGGCCAGUGGUAUGGAAAUGCACAACAAAUUGGCCAGUAUAUGCCUAAUGGUUGGCAAGUACCUGCAUAUGGAAUGUAUGGCCAGGCGUGGAAUCAACAGGGAUUUAAUCAGACACAGUCUUCGGCACCAUGGAUGGGACCCAAUUACGGAGUGCAGCCACCUCCAGGACAGAAUGGCAGCAUGUUGCCUAAUCAGCCUGCAGGGUAUAGAGUGGCAGGGUAUGAAACCCAGUAAAAAAGGACUCCAUAAUCUAAAGCCAGUGGCUUGAGGCUACAGGGAGUGUAGUAAAGCCGUUGUUUACUUAAAAGAUUUAUCAAAUCAGUCAGUGCAAAUGUCAGAUACAAUGUAUUUAUUUAAAAGAUUCAUUUUUUUAAUCAUGAAAUUACUUAUCAUCCACAUUGUUUUAAAAAGAAACAAGAUGCUGGAUGUCUGCCAAUUUUUGCCUUCAUUACCUUUUUUGAUAAAGUUUCUCAGAUCCUUGUUUCAAAUACAAAUGCAGGGAUUGCUGCCACUUUUUUAAAAUUAAGAGGCAGAAAAUUGCACAAUGUUGAACUUUUUUCCACUAAAGUAGUGUGCAGUUCUAGUUUGCAUUCCUGAUAUGAUUUAAAACAUGUAAUAUAAAGAUGUUAAAAAAAAAUGAAGAACCAAAACUGUGCAGAGUCUAGAAGUUCUUUGUAAUCUUCAGCUUGUGCACAAUUCUGUUUUAGGGUUUUUUUUUUGUUUUUUGUUUUUAAGGCAUUGUUUGAACUCUCCCAUCUCCACUGUUUUCCCUUGGGGUUUUUUAAAUAUAAAUUAUUAGUUUACAUCAUUUUUGUAACUACAUUUUUCACAAAUUUGUCUUGCCUUAUUAAAUUUCUGUAAAAUAUACUUAAAUGGAAAAAAAUGAUGUUCACUUAGUUUGAAAACUUUUCUCAGAUGGAUUGAUAAUUGCAUUCAUUUUGUGUUUUAUAUGAGAAGGUGCCUCAAGAAUUCCCUCUUGGAUUUGUUUAAAAGGAUUUUUAUCUUCUGUGAUAUACUUUGCUGUGUACCAGGAAAUAUAAAAACAAAAACUUGCUACUAAAGAAAAUCUCUGAAAUGUGAUAAGUUCUUAUGAGCCCGUGUUAAUUCCAUGUGUCAACUUCUACAUUUACAUGUACUGUUUCAUUCUGUAAAAUGUUUUAGCAGUUUAAUAUUUUGCACAAUUAGCAAGCUUUGUAGGUCAUUUCCUUCUUAAAGGCAUCCUGCAGAGUUGACAGGAGAUUUAUAAGGUUCUAAGUUGUUUGCAUGUGAAUAUCAAAUACACACUUUGGUAGUCUUUGAAUACAAAGUCAUCUGCUCUUGUUUUUCAAGAAUUUUGAGACACAAAGUUGUAUGUAAAGGAAGAUAUUAAUUUGCCAUUUUCUAGUUAUAUUUACUCAAAAAGAGUGAAUCAAUUUGUACAAAUGAUAGCUGUGAAACUGUAGAAUAUCCUACAUCAGGCUUGGGGUUCAUUUUGAACUUCAAAAUUAGCCUGAAGGACCAGCCGGGCAAAGUGUUUUUUAAAUGUUCAGAGGCCAAAAGAUAAACAAACAAACAAAAAAAAACCUUAAAAUCCUACCUCCUUAAACAGCCUUCAAAGAGGAGAAUCCUCAGUGCAAUCAUUAUUUUGAUUCUUUUGGUACCUGUUUUCCUGGAGUUCCCAAUUUUAUUAUUUUGGGGUGGCUCCGAGCAUUAAGAGGUUUAAUCUUUGAUGGCAUUAUUCUAGUUUUGAAAUUUCUAGUACAUUUCAGAGUGUCGUCAAAGAGUUGUGGGAGAUUUCGUUUUGUUUUCAGUGAAAGUCACAAACUUCAUUCUUCCUUGACUCACAAAGGGGAAGAGUCCCCAGUAUACAUAUUUGGAUGGUUCCGUUGUUUUUAAGACCUUCAGAGAGCUCCUAGUAUUUAGCAACAGAUAAAAGCCUGUGAAAUCUUGGUUUCCUGAACUGUCUUUUCCAGGUAGGAGCAAAUUAAGGUGGUCUCUAAAGCCAAUACUCAUGUAAACCAGAGCCCAGGAAAGACAACUCAUAAGUGUAUAAUUCUCUGGAGCUCAAUUCUAUGCAGUUGUACUGAUGUUUCAUUAAGUCACUGUGUAUUUUUAAGUGUUGAUACAUUAAAAGUUGCUUUAUGGAAGAUGAGUAAAUUUUUUAAAUACUUGGGAAUUUUAUUUCCUUGUUAAAUUUUACAGAUCAGGGCAUGCAACCAGAAGCAGCUUAAAUGAAAUACUCAAAAAAAUAAAUAAAUAAAUUAUCAGGAAACUAUUUUUAGAUUCUUCUGGCUUAUGUUUCUAUUUUAGGACCCUCGUUAUUUUUCUUACUCAAAAAUACUUUAUUUCCUGUACACCUGUGGACUGCAGGGUAAAUUAUUUGGGCAUAGGUAAUUUAAACAAAAGUAUAAUUUUUCUUUCAUUUUGACUAUCUUAAUACUUUUUAUUAGUCAGUAUAUUUUCUUAUUGCACAAGUCUUAAAGUGUACAUUGACUACUUUUUGAGAAGAAAGUGGUAUUUCUCAAAAAGUUACUACUGAACAAAUUGACAUUUCAAGAACAUUGCUAACUUUGGUUUAAAUCUUACUCCUAGUGUUAAAUCAUUUAAAGAUUUUUUUAACCUAAAAAUCAUACUGGUAUUAGUAUCAGGUAAGGAAAUUAAAGUUUUAAAAAUGGCUUCAUUGUCUGCAAUAUUCAUUCAGAUUACUAUAAAAUACAUCUGGUACUGUAAAGAACCUGAAGUGAUACACAUUGAAUGGGUCAUUAAUCCAGUAUUCUUUGCCCUGACUGUUUGGAUAUUAAAGUUCCUUUAUGUUUUCUAUAA